AGAAAAAAACGAGGUAGGUGGGCCAUGCAGCAAAGCUUUUCUUUUGCUUGUUGUAAUAAUAAAGGUUUUAUCCCUAGUGCUUCGACACAGACUAAGUGACUAAUGGCGUAGGUUUUGGCUGUGUCGCCUCAUUUGUUGCAGAGAUAGAGAUUCUAUUGGCAGCAGUCGACUGUGCUCAAAGACAAGGAUGGCGACAACUGCUAGUAUUACUGCGAACGGGGGAUCCGCCAAUGGCGUUUCUUUGUCAGCUUCCACUGCUGCAGUGACCAGCAUGAAACCGCCUGAGUUGUGCCGUGUUUUUAAAGGCCACACCGGAGCAGUGUCCGCCGCCUCGUUUCAUCCGCUGAUGCAUCAGCUGAUAUCCGGAUCACACGACGGGCGAGUCUAUGUCUGGCACUUUAAGCAGCAGUUACGCCCCUUCAAGUUCGAUGCGCAUAAGGGAGCAGUCAACGACAUCGCUGUCUCCAGAGACGGAACCUUCUUCGCGAGCGCCAGUGUGGAUAAAACGGUGAACUUAUGGAUGAAUAAUGCGAAAGGUACUAACUUAUAGAUGGUAGCUCUGGCUUCAUCCACUGGUGUUGGUUGCGUUCUUGAAUUGAUAAAUCAUUGUCGAGUUCGAAGAAGAUAACAAGAAUUCAUUAGUUACUUCAGGACCAGCAACGGUGUGAACAUAUGUCGAAAUACCGACAUUCCGACUGACCAAGAAACAAACUUGAAACGUGGCCCACUAUACCGUCAUCAUGAAACAAAAUCAUGUAGGAACGCCGUCACACGUAAUUAAGGCACACACGGGUGUGGUCCGGAGCUGCGACUUAUCGCCAGACAAUGGCACCUUAGCCACGGGGAGCGACGAUAAAAUCGUGAAAAUCUGGCAGAUCACGCCAAGUAGUGCCAAGUUCAUCACAUCUCUAGAGGGACAUACGCAUUGGGUUCGAAGUGUCAGAUUUUCCUCAGAAAAUCCUAGUCUGCUCACAUCCUGUGGCGAUGAUAAGAGCGUCCGCAUCUGGGAUCUGCGGUUGCCGACAACGGGCCCGGUUGGGGCCCACUCCGCUGGAGGAGGGAAGGGUAGACUUUUUCUUCUGUUAUCGAGAAACAGAUGUGGAGAUACUCGCUAAAGAUUUGUCUUGCAACUGUUCAUCUUCAUCGUGCCCGCUGAUGUUUUAGAUUAAUCUGCUUCACAUAAAAUUGUUUUCAGACCGUGGUUGCGUGAUGAAGAUGACUGAGCACGCUGAGAGGGUGAAUCGCUCGAUUUUUCAUCCUGACGGCACGUGCAUUGCCAGUUGUAGCGAUGAUCGCACGAUAAAAAUCUGGGAUUUGCGAAGGCGGAGACUUAUUCAGCACUAUGAUGCGCACGGUGGAGCAGUGUUAGAUCUAGACUUCUGCCACUCUAAAGUGUCAGGUUUUUAUCUAGCAUCCGCGUCAACGGACAGAAACGUGAAGCUCUGGGAUUUGCAAGAAGGUACUUAAUUCAAAUACAACCAUUAUUCUUUGUUCUCCAGCACUACUAGUAGGGUGAACCUAUCAAGAAUCUGAAAAUAACCGGUUACUUUUCCCUCGUCUUACUCCCUCCACCGUAAUACUUGCUACUUCUCUCGUGUUGUUGAUUUUACUGCUCUGACCUCUUUGCCCAAACAAGGUCGCUUGCUCUACACGCUGGCGGGCCACGAGGAUAGUGUUUGCAGCGUGAAAUUUUCACCACAGGGGCAAUUCUUAGUAUCGGGAUCCGCUGAUAGCAAGAUAUUCGUGUGGAAAACGGGCUGCCAGCAAGCGAGCGGGACUUCUGAUCAAGACUAAGACUUGGUGUAGAUGUGAAAUAAAUAUGGAAAUUGAGAUCUUGUUGUUUUUUGGUUUUUCUCCUUAUCUUCACUCAAUUUAUCCAAAAUGAUUUCCAACGGUCAUUCAACGAACAUCUUCAUUUUUUAUGAACUGAGAAUAGAUGCACCAGAGUUUUGAGUUCUAACAACAGAUGCCAGUGGAGCAGUUGUAUGAGCAGCCGCCGCCUGAUGGACGAGGACAUGCUUACCGCACGUAUCUGUACAAUGCCCCAGGUAGCGGGACGGCUCCCAAGGAAGUCCCUGAUUUCAGCGGAGAUCCUAUGUCCACCGCUUUUGGUAGUUCAUUUCGGGCACCGCCAAGGACGGCAACUGCUACAACUGCAACAUCGGGCGCGCGACAGAGUAGUUCCUCACGGGGCGCGCCUCGCUCAGGCAGCAAUGGGCGCUCACGUGCGGCUGCUGGGGACGCGAAUGGCGCUGGGGCAAAUCAGAACAAUAUCACAACUCAUUUCGAAAAUGAAGUAGGGGUAAAUGCAGACACGCGGAGUCCUGCACGGCGAAAAAAUGCAGGUGCACAGGGAUCAGGUGGCAGCCAAAAUUUGUCACAGGGCUCAACUAGUAAAAAAGGCGGAGCACCUCCACGAGUAAAUGGUCCAACACUGCUCGCCGCACAGUCCGGGAAGCCAGCAGCCGCAAAGCCAGCGCCAGGUACUACGAGAAAGAAAAUGUAACUUCGUGUGACUUCGGUUUUCAUGAUGAUCACAAGCGAUUCUGCACGUACAUACUAGGUGUCACUUCCUAUGACUUUCAUCUCGAUGAAUGUUGCAAACUAUUAUCUGGUUCUUGUUGUGCAUUUUAUAAUGAUGUAAAAUUCCACCUUUGAAAAUCAUGAUCUUUCUCUUACUUCUACAUCGACCCGACCAACUACCACUAACCACGCACAGCAAUGCCCACUAACCACGAUCCUGCAGAAGCUGUUAUGACAAAAGGAGAUGCAGAGAAGCUCAUGGAUACUAUGAGGCAAAUGAGUAGCCAGAUGGAGAUGCUAACCCAAACCGUCAAGGUGAUGGAUCAGCGCCUCUCACUAACAGAGGCAGCCAUUGCCCGUUUAGAAACCGAAAAAAGCGGCUAAAGAAUCAUGCCAAUUCAGGGAUGACUACAGUUCAACUGUAAUCAUGCCUGCUUGAUAACUGUACAACAUGAUCCUUUGAUUCGCAAGCUCUGUUGUACCAACUUGGUAUCAAAUAAUCCGAUGUGGCGAUAAUAAAUGAUGUGGUCGCAUUGGUAGUGGGAGUAGACGGUAUUUUAGGGGUGAUUGUGAUUACCAUAAAGAAGUCGUCAACAACCACCUGAAGACAAUGUAGUUUCUGCGAAAUUUGUAGUUUUGCUUUUUUUCACGCGAUAGAUCGAUGAUAAAUUUAGGCUGAAGCUAUGACAAUCUGCUUCAUUCGAUUAUGUUUAGUUCUUAAAGAACCUGUCUCUAAAACAAAUCGAAUGAGUUGUUGACAAUUUCUGGGAGAUAUACAUUUCAUCAAUCUAUGGGAGAUACAGAUGGUUCUUCUUGGGUGGAACACGUUCACGUUAGAUCGUGUCUGGCAUAGGCAUUGGCUAGGUAUAGAUUUGAGUCUGACGCAGCGCUUGGGAGAGGCAACCAUGUUGAUGUGAUGAUCUUAGCGAGGCAAAGACCCGUUCUAUCUUUACAAUGUCACUUCCACAAGCGGUAAUUAGAAC